AUGUCCUUCCGGGAUCGGGGCCAUGGCUUGUAUCGGAUAUGGGCGGGACCUAAGGACACUUUGGUCAUUUUGUACCGGGCUGAUACUGUCGAGGUAAUCAAAGAAAGAAAGACUGAGUUUAUGAGGAAAAUGAAUGAAAAGGGAAACAACUCUUUAGAUGAAGUGAUGGAAGAAUUGGGAUCCAAACGAAAGUUGGCUUUUCUCGACUCAUUACUCGUCCAUCACAUCAGAAACCCCCGCGAAUUCACGGAAAGUGAUAUUCGGGAAGAAGUGGACACUUUCAUGUUUGAAGGCCACGACACCACUGCAGCCGCCAUACAGUUCUCACUUAUACUCAUUGGACUCGACAAUAAUGUUCAGGUAAAAAUACACGAAGAAAUGGACGCCAUAUUUGGUGAUGACAUGUGUCGGGACAUAACAACCGAUGAUUUGCGACAAAUGCGGUAUUUAGAGCAGUGUAUUAAAGAGGCGCUCAGACUAUACCCGUCGGUGCCAUACAUUGCACGAGAAAAUCAACAGGACUUCAGUAUUGGAGAGCAUGUGAUACCCAAAGGGAGUACAUGUGUGCCCAUGAUUUAUAUGCUUCAUAGAGACCCCAAAGUGUUUCCCAACCCCGAAGUGUAUGACCCAAACCGGUUUGCAAGUGACGGCCCGGAUGUGCAGUCGCGACACCCGUACGCAUACGUGCCGUUCAGCGCCGGUCCUCGCAAUUGCAUCGGACAGAAGUUCGCUCUCCUCGAAGAGAAGGCACUGUUGGCCGCAAUACUCCGUCGCUAUCGCAUCCGUUGUCUCAUACAUAGGGAUCAACUCGUGUUAGACAUCGCAGCCAUAUUGAAGCCACACUCAAAAAUCCCGAUGAGUUUUGUAAUCAAAGAGCGGAAGAAUGAGAUAAUGAAGAAAAUGAGUAAAAAGGGAAAUAACUCUUUGAAUGAAGUGAUGGAAGAAUUGGGAUCAAAACGAAAGUUGGCUUUUCUCGACUCAUUACUCGUCCAUCACAUCAGAAAUCCCCGCGAAUUCACGGAAAAUGAUAUCCGGGAAGAAGUGGACACUUUCAUGUUUGAGGGACACGACACCACCGCAGGGGCCAUACAAUUCUCACUCAUACUCAUUGGACUCGACGAUAGUGUACAGGCAAAAAUACACAAAGAAAUGGAUGGCAUAUUUGGUGAUGACAUGUGUCGAGACAUAACAACCGAUGAUUUGCGACAAAUGCGGUAUUUAGAGCAGUGUAUUAAAGAGGCGCUCAGACUAUACCCGUCGGUGCCAUUAAUUGCACGACAAAAUGAACAGGACUUCAGUAUCGGAGAGCAUGUGAUACCCAAAGGGAGUACAUGUAUGGUAUUGUUUUAUAUGCUUCACAGGGAUCCCAAAGUGUUUCCCAACCCCGAAGUGUAUGACCCAAACCGGUUCGCGAGUGACGGCCCGGAUGUGCAGUCGCGACACCCGUACGCAUACGUGCCGUUCAGUGCCGGUCCUCGCAAUUGCAUCGGACAGAAGUUCGCUCUCCUCGAAGAGAAGGCACUGUUGGCCGCAAUACUCCGUCGCUAUCGCAUCCUUUGUCUCAUACAUCGGGAUCAGCUCGAGUUGGACAUCGCAGCCGUAUUGAAGCCUCGCUCUAAGAUCCCGAUGAGUUUCACGAAACGAUUUUAA